CGAAAUCCCAAAACCACAGCUGUGAUCUCAUGUCCUUAUGUGUGGGAGAGCCUUUCUCUCCCCUGCGUUUCUGUGGUUUUUCUGGUUUCUUUGGGGGGUUUGGGUUUGGGUCCUUUUCUAUUUUUUCGCUCUUUCAGUCCCCCUACUCUGUCUAUAAUUAGUUUUCAAUAUUCAUCGCUUGGGGGCUCACUGACCGAGGCUGAGGUUCUUCCGUUUUCAGGGGUACUUUUCGUUCCUUCUAAAUCUUUUAGGCUUCUGCAAUACUCCUUUGUCCAUCGACGUUCCAUUGUCUCAACUACAGAGGGGACGAAGAUAGACAGAGCUCCUAUGGGCGUUAUAGUGGCAUUCAAUUCCUCAUCCUCAGCUCUCUCCCAUAACUCACUCGAUCUUGUCACAAGCACGCACCCAUGAUUACACAGUUGGUCACACUCUCUUGCAGCUCUCCACGUCCCAUAUCUCCUUGUUAAAAGGAUAUCUCAACAAGCGAUACUCUUUUAUCCUCCUCUCCUUUUGUCUUUCAUUCAAUUCAAUCGGUCAGAAUUCAGAAAUGGGUUGUAGUCAUAAUUGCGCUUCUAGCCACAGAUAUCGUCAUCUUCUCAUUUCCCUGCUCUUUUUCCUGGUUUCGACCUCGACCCAGUUGAGAUUCAUGGUUGAAGGCAGAGCGAUUUUUAUUCCGGUUGAAGGUACCAAGAUGAGCAGUGAAGAGAAGGCGAGUGUUAGAGCUCAGAUUGGAUCAAGGCCUCCAAGAUGCGAGAGGAGGUGCAGUUCGUGUGGACACUGCGAAGCAGUUCAGGUUCCAGUAGCCCCGCAAUACAGAAGUAGUACCAGUAGACAUUCCUCAAAGGACUACACCAUAGCAGCCUCUUCCAGGCGGGAAGAUAGCUCCAACUACAAGCCCAUGAGUUGGAAGUGCAAAUGCGGGGACAUGAUAUUCAAUCCUUGAUUGAAUGUACAAGUUUGGAGGAGAAGACCCAGUUGAUGAAUUGUGGAUAUCAAAACUCGAAAGGACAACGAUACGCCUGAUGAUGAACCUUCUUGCUCCUAGCUUGUCUUAGAAUUGUUUUCUUUUUUUCUUAUACAUAUAUAUUUCUCCUUUCUUUCUCCUUAGUCUGGUUAUCUCUUGGAGGAUAACUUUAUUUCUGUAGGAUUUUCUCCCUCUCUUUUGUAUCAUCACCCUGUAAUAAAAGCUUUCUUUCUAA